ACAUCUAGAGGGGCGUCUCAAGCUAACAAUCAGUUUAACAAUCUCAUUUAGUAAUCAUCCGACCGUGGCGACCGUGACGAUACUCUAUGGCUCACUACUCGGCGACAUUGCAUUCGCGGUUCACUGGCUGAUAACACUUGUUUGUAAAUAUAUAAAAAAAAACCAAAAAAGUUAAUUUGAAUCGUUUAAAAAAAGUUUAAAAAAUAUUAUUGGCUGGCUUAAAAGAAAUAUUUAUAAAUAAAAAAUUAAACGAUUCUGAAUUUAAAUCUUGAUAAAUCUUAUUUCAUUCGUUGUAUUUGAAGUUAAAGAUGAGUGAAAAUGAAAAGACAAGUGAUUUGGAUAAAGUUUUGACACAGUUCAAUGUGUUUGGACGUUAUCAUUGUAUGUUUAUGUUCUGGUCGUUCCUGGCUCUUGCUUCCAAUGCUGUGUUUUGUAGCAACUUCGUGUUCUCAGCUGAAGAAGUUGCAUAUAGGUGUAAAGAUGCCGAUUUUGGGAAUGAUACGUGCACAAGUCUAACCAACUACACAGAAGAAUGUUCGGAAUGGGUUUACGAGAAUCCAAACAGUUUUGUUGCAGAGUUCGCGCUAGCUUGUCAUGACUGGAAAAGGACUUUGGUUGGGACAAUGCAUAGUUUUGGCUAUAUGGUCGGCUUGCUGCUCGUGGGGCCAAUGUCCGACAGGUUAGGCAGAAAACUGUCAAUUGUGAUCACGGGUAUGCUGGGAGGAGUGUUUGGCGUGGCUCGCAGCUUCACAUCCAAUUACUGGCUGUUUGUCAUCCUGGAGUUCCUAGAGGGUGCUAUAGGAGACUCCUGCUCUCCCAUGUUUAUAUUGACAAUCGAAAUUGUGUCCUCGCGAAACCGGUUACUGUUUUACAUACUCUGUUCAUUCGGUUAUCCGUUCGGAGGUAUAUUAGUAUCUUUGACAGCAUGGAAGUUCACAUACUGGAGGUCAUUCCUCAGGGUCAUAUACCUACCUGCACUAUUAUUCUUCUCAUAUCUCUACUUAAUUGACGAGAGUCCAAGAUGGUUGCUCAUUAAAGGCAAGAAAGACGAAGCGGUUGAAAUUAUACAAAAUGCUGCCGAGAAAAAUAAAAUCAAAAUAGACAAAACUUUGUUAGAAAAGAUAGAAUGCGAGAGGGAACAGAAUGUAAACUUCUUGAAAUUGCUGAAGAUGACGUUCGAAUCAAAGAUAAUUUUGAAGAGAUUCUCGAUUUGUCUGGUUUGGUGGACGACGUCGACAUUUGUGGCCUAUGGAUUAUCAAUAAAUUCUGUAUCCUUAAAAGGGAACAAGUAUGUGAAUUUCGCGUUGAUAUCUCUGAUGGAUGUACCAGCUAACUUUAUAAUAUUAUUAUCACAGAACUAUUUCAAGAGAAAAAUGCCUUUGAUCACAUCUUUUUUGGUUGGAGCCAUUUUGUGUUUAGCCCACCCAUUCUUGCCUGAUAAUCUGUCCUGGCUGUCACUCAUAAUGUACAUGUCUAGCAAGUUGAUGUCUUCCUUCUACUUCACGAUUACAUACAUGUUCACAUCAGAACUGUUCCCGACUUACACCAGGAAUUCGAUGCAUGCAUUGUGCUCCUCUUUGGGAAGGAUAGGGUCCAUCGUAGCUCCUCAAACUCCCCUGUUGGUGCAUUAUUGGUAUGGUCUACCGUCUUUGGUGUUUGGUGGAGUGUCACUUAUAGCUGGACUCAUUACCUUCCUCGUUCCUGAUACAGCUGAUAAUUCCUUACCAGACACAGUCAAGCAAGCUGAGGCCAUUGGAAAGAAAGAUAUAAAGAACACACAUAUUGUUAGACAAGUUAGUGAAAUUGGGAAGAAAGAUUUGAAGAACACAGUUAUUGUUAGGCAAAUUGGUGAAAUUGGAAAAAAUGAUAUGAAGAACACAGAUAUUGUUAGACAAGUUAGUGAUUUCGGUAAGAAAGAUUUGAAGAACGUAGAAAAUGGUGAAAUCGAGAGGAAAGAUGUCGAGAAUAAUUCCACAUCAGAAUUAGUCAAGGAAGAUGGAAGGAAUGAUUUGAAGAAACCAGCUGCUCCGGAGGUUGUUAUAGCUAAUGAUAAGGACUGUUCUAGGUUAUGAUAUUAGUGAUGUUAAAUGGUGUUAAGGCGUGUGGUUCCCGCCUUAGAAUAGCCUCAUCAUAUUUUAUGUGGAUACUGGAUAUCGUACGGGGAUAGAGAAUAUAAUAGGCAGAUAUAUAAAGAUAGAUUAGCCUUAACAGCUGAUAACGGGAUUCUUUAAGAUCGGGUUGCAUCAGUCAACUUUGACUGCGCAGAAAAACGCAAAGUACGCCAUUUUGUCUGAACGUCAGUGGAGCGCCGGUUAAAGUCAACGUCAAAGUUGACUGGUGCAACUCACCCUCAUAGGGUUGUCGCCAGGAAGGUGGCCGGUUGUAAAAUAAUCCGACGAUGAAACUAGGAAUACGACAGUUUGAGAGAGGGAGAUGAUAUUAUUAUGUUAUUUAGGUUAAUAACUUUGAUGUACCUAUUGUUUAUAAUUGAAAUGGUUAGUGAUUAUUAUAAUGGCUUCCAAUCAUCUAAAACAGGUAAAAUUGAAGUUAAAAUAAUCUUAUUUAAAACCAUUUUGUUCCUAAUUUAAAUAUUUCGACAACAGUUACCAUUUUUCCAAAAAAGUUACUUUUAUUAUUUCAUAAGUGCCUAUAAUGAAAUUUGUAAUUUGUUUACCAUAGUGAAACUAAAAAGAAUUAUAUUGUUAAUACUUAAAAUAAUAGAGAUUAAAAAUAACAUUCCAAGAUCAUGUAACACUAUUUAUUUAUAGACGUAAGUAUAAAAACUGAAAUAUAAAAAUAUGAAACAUUAA